UGCUUUCCUGGCGCCUUUAGUGCAAACAUUACAGUAUUUUCUCUGUGCAUUAUUUCCUGGCACCUGUAGUUGGAGUAUAACGGUAUUUAAAUGCGGGUUAUUCCGCUGCGCAUGUACUCCGAGUAUUACGAUAUUUAAGUGCGCGUUAGUGGCCGUCGCUGCCGUAAUGGAGCCGUGCGCUCUGUCACAGGACCUUUGAUUUUUUUUUAGGACAUGGCAGCCAUCAUCAUCUCUCUCUCCAGCUGCAGCUCUCCAACUCUCCACAGCAGAACAGAAACAGACGACCAGGGCCGGGCUGAAAUUCUCUCUUCUCCGUUUACAACAAGAACAACAAGUGCCAAAACUCGACUCAUUUCCUACAGAGAUAUGACUUCACUCCAGUUUCAUCAGGUUUCACCACAUCCGUCAGCGUUGAGGGUUUUCUGAAGCAAACUGCAUGCUGGGACUGUAAAUGUUGAGCUGUUCUCAGUUUGGUAAAACCCCCCUCCUUCAUCAGUCGUCUGACUUCCUUCUGCCACUGUGUGGUUCCUCCCAGCUGAGUCACCGAUGCCUCGAUGGAAAGCGUUCUUCAGUCAGUAUUUACGAUGGUCGAGCACCGUCACUCAAGCCCUCGUCCUGGCCGUCAUCACUUUUUGUGUGGUUCUCCCUCUGUCCUGCCACCGGCUGCUUUACUCGUACUACUUCAUCAAGUCCAUGUACCUGGACUCCAUGAGCGAGGAAGUCCUGCGGGGGAGCCUCGACCGGGGUCAGGACGCUCUGCGCUUCUGGCAGAGCACUUCCACUGUGGUGGCAUCCAGAUUCAACGACAUCGCCCAGCAUCCUGAGCUGCUGGUUACCGUGGUGACCGCCAGGCGGAGCGAGGGGCGGGACUUCCACUACCUGCUUCAGGUGAUGCGGCAGCUGAGCAACUUAUUGGGAGGCUGCGGGGAGCAGAGGUGCGCAGAGGUGCUGGUCUGCGACGUGGAAAAUGGCCCGUAUGAAAACCAGGACGCCAAGCUGUUGGAGCACCACUUCCGGGUGAUCCGGCGAUCACCUCUGGAGCAGCAGAGGAACAGGGAACAGGUCAACACCUUCGAGAGGGAGAAGAGGGAUUACGUCUUUUGCCUGCAGAAAGGACAGGAGCUGGUGAAGCCCAAACACAUGGUGGUCCUGGAGGAUGAUGCGUUGCCAAAAGAGGAUUUUUUCUCAGUGGUGAAGGAUUUGCUUUCACGUCGCUUCUCACUCCAGACUCUUUACAUCAAGCUGUAUCACCCUGAACGACUUCAGCGCUACUGGAACCCUGAACCCUACCGCAUCCUGGAGUGGGUUGGACUCGGGAUGAUUGGAGCCACAGCCCUCCUCCUCACCUUUCCUUAUUGGAAUCGUUGUUCUUUCUCCUUCACGCUGUCAGCCGCCCACUUAGUCUUCUUCACUCUUUACUUCAUGGCUGCCGCUGAGCUAGUGGGGCGACACUACCUCCUGGAGGUGCGGCGCCUUUCCCCACAGCUCUACGCCGUGUCUCCGGCCACCGAGUGCUGCACGCCAGCCAUGCUGUACCCCGGCAACGCCUCGAUCAGGGUGGCCGAGUAUCUGGACAGCUCGUUCUGUGUCAAAGGAAACGCCAAAGACAUGGUUCUGUAUCGGAUGGCCAGAAUGAUCCCAGGGGAAAGUUCUCACAGCGUGGAACCCAACCUCAUCACUCACAUCGGGGCCUAUUCGUCAGUCAGGCCGAACCCAUUCAGGCCAAGACUCCUCUGACAGGGAGGAACCAGGAGGAGGUCAAAGCAAAGCUGGAUUUAAUCAUGUUCCUCCUCACUUAGUUCAGUGUUUUUGAUUUUUUUUUUUUUUUGUGCCAUGUUUCCUUUUGGAUUCUUUCUAUCACAGCGAGUGUUGGUUUGGUCAUUUGCAAGUGAAAAGUUGUCAUGGCAACAAGGUGAAAAGCAGGUUGAAACAUAUUUUUAGAUCUAAAAAUUCAACUAAACUUUCUUUUAUCAUUUGAAAGACAACAUAUCAGUGUGUUACAGGUCUCACAAUAGAGUUUUUACCUGUAGUAGCUACUUUGAACUUACACACACAUACAGAUGAAGCGUUAAACAUUCCUAACAAUGGUUUCCUGUGAAUCCACUGAUUUACAGUUGGCUCUUGUGUGCCAAGAAACGCAGCAAUGCACAAACAAAAGCAAGUAAACAAACUCCCAACAGUUCAUUGUGGUUUUUGGACAGAACUUGGAGCCCUUUGCAUCUUUUCAUCAGCAAAUCACCAUAAUCUCAUUACUGUUGGAAUAUAUAUUGAAUCAGUUUGGGGGCGGCGUUCAUGUUUUCUACACUGCUGGAGGAUCACAUGCUGCUGUACUGUUGGGAUAUUUCUACUGCCUGAGCUAACGCUACUCCUCAGAAACCCAUCAGACACUGUCAAAACACAUCAUCAUUCACCUGUUAAACUUAUUGAACAUGAUUUUUACUCAUCAAGAUGUCACAUGGAACAUGGUGAGAUCUUUAAAGGAUUUGUUCACUGUUUCUAUUCUACACAAAGAACUUAUAGAAACAAGGGUUGGGCUUCAAAAGCAUUUUACUGAAUGUCUCCAGCACAGAUUAUCUUGAGCCAUCGUUGGUUUGCAAAGGGCCAAUUAACCAGACGUCAGCUUAAAGUAAAGCUUUAAGAUACUUAAAGUGAAUUUGCUAAUGGAAAUUAAAGCUAAGAACAUUCAUUAGCUUUAGAGCACAACAAAUCCGGAUGUUUUAGCAACAAGAAACCGGGUCCAAAAUGGAUCUAGUAAAUGAAACCCAACUCUAAAUAUUAUUUCCCAUCAAGUAUAAUCAUAUCAGAAGUUAAUUUAAAGAUGUUUCCCAGUGUGACGAUCAAUGAGGCCUUCCAACAGCACGAUCAGUCUGUUCUUAACAAACUAAAAACCUCACAGUUAUCACACAUAUCUUCAUCUUCUCAGGUUGAUAAGCAGCCCUUUGCCUUUAUUUCUAUUGCCUAUAUUCAUAUUGGAAACAGGAAAUCAUAUGAAGGUUGAAAAACAGUGAACACAUCCUUUAAAGGGAGUAAUUAAAUAGGUUGAUCUCAGUGUCUUUACAGUAGUUUCUGUCAUUUCUGUGUGGAUCAAACAUUAAGCAUUAUUGAAUCCAGACAAAGAUUCACUCAUUAACGUUUGAGGACAGAUUAUGAUCGUAGUUUAUUUUGGCCUUUUUUUCGCUUUUUUGACACACGUGUGUUUUUGUACUUUCAUUAUAUCAAAAGAAUUGUGAAAUAGUGACAUCACCCAUCUCUGUAGGACAAUGUGCUGCCACAGAGGACAGUAGAGUGUCGAAGCAUUUAUAUCAUAUCAACCUUUUAAAACAACAGUCUGACAUUGAGAGUAAAUGAACCAUUCGCCAAAGCCUCGACCAUCAGCUCCUUGUUUCACAAAGCAAAUCUACAGUUUACAAUAUCAGUUGUUGUAAUUCAGUUCCUCCUUCAUUGUCUGAAAAAACUUAGACUAAAGCAUUUCCUCUUUUCUAGCAGUCAGUUGCACUAAAGUUACGACUGUCGCUAGCAGAUCUUAACCCUUUACAUACUGUCCAUAUUCUGACUCGUCACAGUUUUAACAUAAUUCGUCUUUAUAACAAACUUCUGAACCCCAAAUCCUUUAUAAAGACGUCAUCAGUCACAGAUAAACAGGAUUUAUCCUUCAUGAAGCUUAUUAACUAUAAUAAAGACAUUAUAUUAUUAUCCAAUGCUACAUUAAAACAUGAGAGCUAUUUCAAUUAAUUUAAUUAAAUGUGAAGGGUUAGAUGAAUAUGGGUCAAAUAUAUUUACUUUUUUGUAUAUUCUGGGUCACAUUAGGGGAAGAUAUCAAAUUUCAGACUUAAAGAAAAAAGUAUUAUUACAGCUCUCGGAUGUAAAAAUGGGUCAAAUUGGACCCUGAACAGUAUGUAAGGGUUAAAAACAAAUAGUUAGCUUGAGAGCAUUUUUCACUCGUUCAUACUGCUGUAGUUUCUAUUAGCAGAUGUUUUACUGCUAGAUAAGUUGUUUCUGAACAUCGUACUCGCACGUUGAGUAUCAACAUUUUUGCAAUUUGCCAACGUUUUUAUUUUAAUUAACAUUUGAACAACAUGUUGAGAGAAAAAUGUGAUUCAGCAGUUUUCAGUUUCUAGCUAAACAUGUUAGCUUUGCCAAUUUAGUCGAAUAUUGAACGUCAUUUCUAACUGUUGCCAAAACACAACAGCUUCUAACAAGAUGAAACUAAAUCAGACAGAACUGGAUUUGUUGGAAAUCUUCAUUAUUUUCUCUUUACGUGGAGCUCGGCUAGCAGUUUCCCUCUGCUUCCAGUCUUUGUGCUAAGCUAAGCUAAGCUAAGCUAAACACAUGCUGGACACGUCUCCUUUUUUAUAUUUACUAAAAAAUGUCAGACUGUUAAUUUGUCACUAACCGCUCGGUAUCACUGAUUGUGCCUUUAACCGUUCGGACUUUGGACAUUAAUAGAAAUUACACUCUAAAGAUGAUGUGGUGCAAUAUUUAACUUUAACUAACUGCCUUCAUGAUGAUUAUUAUUAUUAUUAUUGUGUAAAAUGCUAAAAAAAAAAAAAAUAUUGCAUCAUGUACCAAUUACAGGAAGUAGCUGCCAAAGUUGAACCAGUAGGCUCCAGUCCGCCAAAUGUUGAGUUUUCAGAUCUGAUGUUUACCAGUUUACUAUAUACUGUAUACUGGGAGAACUGGGAGAUUCAGGAGCUCAAACUGGUUCCUGUUAUCAGAAAUUAAUAGUGUCUAAAAAUCAAUUACAAACCAUUUGAUCAAUAAUUAGCAGCACCAAAUGUAGCACAACUAAUGUCACUUUUUAAAUGGACAUUUCGUCGUGAAGAGUUUAAAGAAACAAACGUUUAAUUUUUAUUAAAGUCGGUUAAUAUGAUGUUUUUCUGAGGAAUCGCAUUAAAAACAUUAAACACAUUAUUUUAUCAACACAUUUAACCUUCCUGUCGUCCUCCCGGGUCAAAUUGACCCCGUCUGUUUUGACUGUUCCUUCUUUCCUUCCUUCCCCCUUUCUUCCUACCUUCUGUCCUUCCUCCCUU